AGCAAUAGCGAUGGGGUGUAUUAGCAUUAUUCACUCGAGGAACUUUGCAAACGAAUCUCACAAUUUUCCAAACGACGGGUUGCUUCAAUUUUAACAAUUAAAUCAAAAUGAAAUUCUUUUUGGCUGUCUUCGUGAUCUGUGCUGUGGCCUACUCUCAGGCCCAAGCACCCAUGGGUUUCUAUCCGGGUUUCCCCGGCCAGCAAGCAUUUGCUGGCGUCUCACCCGGCCAAUUCUACCAGACCAUGAUUCUACAAAAAGAGGCUGGCAAACUAUUGAUUAGACCCGAUUUGCCCCAGGAUUUGAGACAACGUGUUUUGGACAUUAUGACCAGUGCUGAGCAGGGUUUGAAUAAAUGUAAUGCCCCUGAGGCUACCACCGGUACCGGCACUGGCGCUGCCACACCCACCCUCCCAUGGAUGCAAAUACAAUGCUCUGCCCUGCAAAUGAAAUUGUAUAAAAAUCAAUUGAAAGUCAUCAAAAAUGAAGCCAAUGCCAGAGCUGCUGCUGCUACCGCCGCCAUGCCAAGUGCUUAAAGCGGAAGUAAGAUAAACUGAAGUGGAGCAUCUUGCUAACAUAUUUUCACCACACCCAAUACGAGCCACGUAUAUUGCAAAUUAUUUGAACACACCAAUAUUUAUAUCUAUAUGUAUCUGUAUGUAUCUAGAAUUUAUUAUUGCAGAAUAAAACAGUCAAAAAUGUUUACCAUUUA